AUGCCCUCCAGUUUGGAGCCUCCCGAUGACACCACAAGGGCAGUUCUAUUGGCAUGGAUCAAGACCUUUCCUGCCGUGUUGAACAAGGUCAAGUCAAUAGAAGACUUGACUGAUGGCCUUAUAUUUUCUGAUAUGCUGGAGGACUUCGACCCCGCAUAUGCCAUUAAGGAUAUUUCGAAAACAACGAGUUCUACAAAAUGGAUUUCCGCCAAACAGACCUUGGAGGCCGUUUACAAAAAUCUCCUGAAAUAUGCUCAUGAGCACUGUGAUAAUUGGGUGAAGGCAGCGGUUGUCGAAUAUCCAAUCGACUUCAAUGCUUUGGCACAAUACUCGGAUCCCACCGAAUCGACAAAGGUACUUAUAACCAUAUUCCUGUUGGUCGCCUUGAAAGGUCCUAAUCAGUUGAGAUAUAUCGAUCGUGUCCGAACGAAGCUAAGCCAUGAUAUGCAAUCAGUGAUCGCGAACCAUGUAGCCACAAUAGAGCAAGAUCUCUCAAUCGCUUUACCGGACUUAGAGGUUCAUCGUAUCGCCAAGCCAUAUGACGCUCUGGAUCUUGAAGAAAAGUAUUCUGCCGUGUCCAUGGAACAUGCAGCAUUGAAGAAACGUAAUGCUGACCUGAUCACACGUUUGGAAAAUCUAUCAGAAAGCCGUGAUCAUCUACUAGACGAGACUAAGGAACAAGACCGACUAAUUAAACAGCUACAAGAAACGGUUAAUCACGGAGGCAAAAGCGAAUAUAUUUCAAGACUCGAAAAAAGACUUGAAGAUUCGGAACAAUUAAUUGCCAACCAGGAACAGCAGCUUGAAGACGCUCGGGUAAAUAGAGAACUAAAGAACAAAGAGCUAGUAUCGAUUAAGCACACCCGAGAUUUGGAGACUCAAGACAGAUUGAAGGAACUCGAAGUCGAGAAUUCUGCUUUGUUGAAGAGAGCAAACAAGGUCGAACAUUAUGAAAAGAAACUUGCUCAGCAAAACGCUAUCGAAAAGGAAAACGCAAGACUGCGUGAGCAGUUAGAUGUGCUACAAGAAAACCAAAAGGAUUAUGAUAAAGUUCAUAUGGAAAAUGAAUUGCUCAAAACAACUCGCAGAGAAUACAUGAAAGUGCUCGAAGGACAAGAGAAUACCAUAACCGACCUAAAAAAUAAGGGUAUGGCUUUGGAAGAAGAACUUAGGUCACGAAUGGAGGAGAUAGAACUUCAUCUUGAAAGACAACGACAUGAUGAGAAGUAUAUCAACGAACUUCAAGAGCGCGUAGACUCACAUUCGCCAGAAGAGCCGUCGGGUGGUGGUUUCAGUCUUGAAGAUGAGCUUAAUCGAAGUGAUAGUCCAAACGAACCUAACCCAUCGCUUGAAAUAUCCAGACUGAAAGCGGAGUUACAGGUUCUUAAAAGCAAUGAAGGUGGUAAAGCUAAUGCUGAACUUCGAGCCGAGCUGCAGAAAGCGGAAAUGGAAAUCCGGAGACUUCGCGAGAAGACCCAAGAGUUGAAAGAGGCUCACGCCAUCUCUCAGGAUCAAAUCUCAACUAUCAUGGGCGACAGAUCUUUCCUCCCAACAGACGAAGCGUUAGUUAUAGCAGUCGACAAAAUGAUGAACAUUGGACCUUUUCAACUGACACUCGAUGAUUUUCACAGAGAACGAGCGAAGUCCUCUGGACAAUCACUAUACCGCGACGCCACAAAGGAGAUCGAGAGAUUGAAUCACGCAAUAAACGAGCUUACCGCCAAACUUACAAGCAGCGAGCGAGAUUUGUUAAGAGCACGGGCAGAUUUGAGUGCUAUGGAUUCCGAUGAAAUCACAGCAUUGGAACAGCUCAAGGAGGCCAACGAAUUAGUAGCCUCAUCAUAUGAGAAGGAUUUGGCGCUUCUCCAAGCACAGCAUAAUGAUUUGAGAACAGAAUUCGUUGACCAACAGUCUCACCUUCUUGCAGCAUUAAAAUCCAAAGAUAAACUCUCGGAACAACUGAAGAAUAUCUUCCAACACCCAUCAGGUUCUAUCGAAGGAACAGGCAAAGACUCCGAGUCUGCAACAGCUCUUGAUGCAUUGAAAGAGCAACUUCAAAAGAAAGAAUCAACCAUACAAGAGCUUCAACGAAGACUAGUCCUGGCAGAAGACCCAGAAGCGCAAAAGGCCGCAAAUGAUAUUUUGGUGAAGAACCUCACUCGCGAGAACGCCCUGAUAGCCACUGCCUGGUAUGAUCUUACAAACAGAUUACAAAGUAAUCAUGUGGUGCUACAACGUAGACAAGAUGCGCCAAAGACUUGGUUGAACAAGCAACGACAACUUGUGAACUCAGGUCCAAGACGCUGA